AUGGCGUCGAGUAACGCUGGUCGAAGUGGCUUUACUACCGGCCAGUCAAUAACCGUAGUUAUAGAUUAUUCAACUUCAAAUCUUAUUGCAGUUAAUUUUUCGAGUGAAGGGAGGGUGUUCCGUGGUGUACUACUCGCUGAAAACGAAAGAAUUGGUGUGAAUGAAACUCGUUCGGCCAGUGCGGAGUCGUGGCCACCUUUAUCAACGAACACCAGCGAUGUUUUUUCGCUGAAGUCUCCGGCCUGUGCUGUGGAACGCUUUACAUAUAAGGCAGAAGGCGAACCCUCACGGCUCUUUAUUCUCCGCCCUACCAAUAAGCGCUCAAUCUCCUAUCGCUCCAGCCUCCUCCCUCCACGCACUGCGUCUCAGCCCCAUUCCCGUGCCGUCUUCCGGUCUUCUCACUCUCGUUCUAUUGUUGAAAAUCCACUGUGCCCUAAUUGCAAGAAAGCCCUCGUCUCUCCAAAUCCUAACCCUUCUGAUUCCACUCAAGAGCAUGUCUCCUCCACCAGACCAAAUAAACGAGGUGACCAACUAGACAAUGCACAGGCGGAAAGCAAAACGACUCCUUCCAUUAAAAAGCGUCGUUUAGAGGAGGUCGGUAAAACCGAACACGUAAAAGUCAAAAGGCUCAAACAUGCUGAUGAGUUGCUCCCGUCAAUUUUGAAAAAAUCCGAAGUCAUAGAGGAAUCGAUCCCAUCAGCCUCAGUUGUACAGGUUUUGUCAGUGAAAAAACACAAAGAAAACGUUGAUGCAGCUUGUCCCAAGGAUUUAAUCAAACACCGUAGGAGCUCUAUGGGCCACAAGUUUUCAGUGCAUGAGGGCUCUUCUAGAUCAACCACAACCACUACGUCCGCGCCUGAUCACCGUAAGAGUUCGCACGAAAAAUCAAGGCAUCGUGAUCGUCAAACUUCUCUGACAAAGCGUGUUAACGGAAUGCAAGCAGGGCCCUCCCAUGCAGUGGAUUCAGAGAAAAACGAGUCAGAAAAGCCCCCUGGAUCUGAACCCCCCAUACCUCCAAUAAAAAUCAAAAUUAACCGAUCCCUUAUCUCAACCGAUGGAGGCAAUGACUCUGAUCAAGGCAAAGCCUCAGAUAUGCUAAGUGAAUACCGACACGGAGCUGUCAAUACUGAUGGCUCCCGAAAAGGAGUGCUGAGCUCAAAGUUAUCAACUGAGCCCGUAGAACGGCUUCUCUGCUCUUUAUACAGGCUCUACAUUAAUUGA